CAGCGCUUCGCUUCCUCGAAAGUCACGGAAUCACCGGGUCACAAUUUAAUUGUACUUUUUAAAACACUCAAUGAUUGUGUACUGAGGGUCCUUUAACUUCAAUGGAAAAAUCCUUCACGUCAACAGAGAGCGUCAUGUUUUGGUGACAGGGCGCUGCCGAGGACUGCGCUGGGCGUGUGUGAAGAUAACAGGGCUGGAUAUGAAAACUGUCAUGAACAGAUAAUGUUCACUAACCGUCGAGCCCGACCUACAACAGGCCAGUUUUACUGAAGAGAUCACAUCUUUGAUACUUUCAUCUAGUAACUCCUCAAACUCUAGUUCGUUUAUAUAGCAACACUGUUGGUGUUGGAUUCAUGAACUGUUUGACUUUAUACUGUCAGUGUCGACCGAUGAAGAUUAGGUGAGGACUAAGCUCGAAAACUUUAUGGUCGUCUCUUGUGUUUUUUAAUAUAUGGGACAAUGUUGCGAAUAACUAGAUUUACUGUAGGGAAACUACGACAAUGUCGUUCAGAUGGAUUUUACCAUUUGCCAAAUCGCAUUUCACGGAUAUCAUGGAAAAGGCAAGUGUGCAUAAAUGGUUCACCGGAGGUGCUUGUUUUGCCCUUGUAUAAAGGAAGAACUAUGUCCCAGCUCUCGUGUCUCAGGUCUGGAGGGUUGUUUUUACCCAGGUUUGUGUGGAAACACUCCAGACACACUGUUGCAUUCUACAGCACAUCUACAGACUCCAAACAAACACCAACGCCUGUAGAUCAGCAGGACAAUAAAAACUCAUUGCGUGUACCAUCAGAUGUCAAAAAGUUGCUGGAUCUUGCAUAUCCACAGCGAUGGAGACUGUCAGCUGCUGUGGGAUUUCUGGUGAUCUCCAGCGCUGUCACCAUGUCUGCACCGUUUUUUCUGGGUAGAGUGAUUGACACCAUUUACACCAGCUCCACAGAAGACUUCACAUCCUCCCUCACCUCCCUCUGUAUCAUGCUGACAGGGGUCUUCCUCUGCGGGGGGGCUGCAAAUGCUGCUCGCGUUUACCUCAUGCAAAUCUCAGGACAACAGAUUGUGCGAAACUUGCGUGAAUCCCUUUUCUCCUCGAUUUUGAGGCAGGAGGUGGGAUUCUUUGAUAAGACCAGAACUGGUGAGCUCAUUAACCGCCUCUCGGCAGACACCGCUGUCGUCGGACGCUGCCUCACUGACAACCUGUCUGAUGGGCUGAGGUCCCUCGCCCAGGCGGGGGCUGGAGUAGGCAUGAUGUUAUACGUAUCGCCCAGUCUGGCAGCUUUUGUGCUGAUGGUUGUUCCUCCCAUUGCUUUCCUGGCUAUCAUUUUUGGUAGAUUUCUCCGCUCAAUAUCCAGACGCACACAGGAUGCACUGGCAGCAGCCACACAGUUGGCAGAAGAGAGGAUCAGCAACAUGCGGACAGUUCGCGCUUUUGGAAAAGAGCUGAUGGAGUUGCAGAAGUAUGCGGGCAAGAUUGACCAUGUUUUUGAUCUAGCUAAGAAAGAGGCUGUGGUAUCAGCUGGAUUUUAUGGAGUGACAGGACUGAGUGGAAACUUUAUCAUCCUCAGCGUGUUGUAUAAGGGAGGUCUGCUAAUGGCCAGUGAGGCCAUGACCGUCGGGCAGCUCUCCUCUUUACUUAUGUAUGCCUUUUGGGUGGGCAUUAGCAUCGCAGGUUUCAGCUCAUUUUAUUCCGAGCUGAUGAAGGGGCUUGGUGCUGGUACCCGUCUGUGGGAACUAAUGGACCGAAAACCUGAAUUUCCUCUCAAUGAGGGCCUUGUGUUAAGACCAGAGCAGUUUAAAGGAGAACUGGAGUUUCGGAAUGUGUCCUUUGCUUACCCAACAAGGAAGGAUUCAUCCAUCUUCCAGAAUCUAAGUCUGUCUGUACCGGCGGGGUCAAUAAUGGCAGUGGUGGGACCCAGUGGCUCAGGCAAAUCCACUCUGGUGUCGUUGUUGCUCCGCUUAUAUGACCCUGACUCGGGUAUGGUUACUGUAGAUGGCCAUGAUAUACGAGAUUUGAAUCCUUAUUGGCUAAGGAGUCACAUUGGUACUGUAAGCCAGGAGCCUGUUCUUUUCUCCUGCUCUAUUGCUGAAAACAUUGCUUAUGGAGCAACAGACCCGAGUCAGGUCACUACACAGGACAUCUACAGGGCAGCACAGAUAGCCAAUGCACAUGACUUCAUUCAGGACUUCCCCAAGAGCUAUGAUACAGUUGUAGGAGAGAAAGGGGUCCUGCUGUCAGGUGGACAAAAACAGAGGGUUGCUAUAGCACGAGCCCUGCUAAAGAAUCCCAAAAUACUCCUGCUGGAUGAAGCCACAAGUGCUCUGGAUGCAGAGAAUGAGUUUCUGGUCCAGGAGGCAUUGGAGCGGCUGAUGCACGGUCGCAGCGUCUUGAUCAUUGCUCACCGUCUGUCCACCAUCCAGAGCGCAGAUGCCGUAGCUGUGCUGGAUCGACACCGUGUUGUGGAGACCGGCAGUCACGCUCAGCUCCUCGCCAAUGACCAGGGGCUAUUCCGCAAGCUAAUGGAGAAGCAGGCCUUCCUGCAGACCGAGCAGAAACAGGCUCUCUUCAAAUAGCAGAAACACAGUAAUUUAAAAACAACAAAGAGGGUGCACACUAAUCAACUGAUGUGAUAAUGAUUAUUUCGGGUUUAAGCACUCCUAAAUAAAAUGUAUGUGUUUAUCCUUUGCAGUAUCACAUACUGCUAAAUAACUGGAAACCAGUUGUACUGUAUGCUGAUCAUUGUUCAUUACAAAGUGCUGCUAUUUAUGGCAGAUGGUCACGGCAUAUGUAAAUCGUUGCUGGACAGGAUUUGCUGUGGACAUGACUUAAGACUCAUUCAGAGUUUAAAAAAAUCACAUGUUUGCAAAGACAUAACAAAGUUGAUCACUGAACGUUUCCUAAAUGAAGUGAAGCGACUGGGAAAACUUGAAAAGGAUCUGACAUAGAUUUGAUAUAUAAAGCAGAAAAAUCAUUAUAAGCAAAUGGAAGGUAUUAACAGUGCAACUUUUGGAUGAUGAAGCAUAUUAUUUUUUGGAUUACAGCAUUAUUGGUGCUUUAAUAAUCUCUAUCACUUUUUGUAAUGACAGAUUUCUUGUGCCUAGAUUAUGACUUUCAUUGGAAAGUUGUCAAAGUUCUGGUGUCAGUAAUUAGGAAAUUGUUUUAGAAAGAGAUAAAAGAUAAAUAUUGUUGUCAGAGUUUUUGAGAGCAAACGCUAUAAAUAUUUGAGAUAUUUGAAUGUAACUUGUAUUUACAGCCAAUAUAUAUAUUUAUAUGUGAUCAGAUGAAAUCUAUUCUGAAUUUUAGGAAAUUGUAAUAUUUAGUGUGCUAACUUAUUAGGUUUAAGGUUGUGUAAAAAUGUAUGUUUAUCUGUUGUGUGUUUUCUCUCUACACAAUACAUUUUAUUGAAACAAUGUUUCAUCUACAACAGACCUGACUACAUGUCAGUCAGAGAACGUAAUAACUUCAGUCACCAAAAGAGGGUGCUGUUGAUCCUUUAAACAUAAGGGGUACUUUAAAAAAAUCUUUAGCAUGUAUAAAUUAAAUACUAUACACACAAGAUAAAAAGCGACGGUGUUAAAUAAAACUGAAUUAU